CCCCCUUCCCCCACUGCCGCCCCCCCUCCCCCCCGUUCGUCAGUGACGGCGCCGCCAUUUUGUGCAAAGCGCCCCUACUCCGCGAAGCAGUCUGUAAAUAGUCGCCCCUGUACAUAAUCUGGUCACCAUGGCGUCUCUGGGUCUCGGAAGGCCCAGAAAUGGACACGGGGACAGGGCACAUACACUCAACAGCAGCAGCAAGGCCACUCCACAGGCUACCGCAGAACAAAUUCGCAUUCAGAUGAUUUUGGAAAAGAGCGAUUCGGAUUUCCCAGAGAAAGUCAAACAGCUGAUGGAGGUGACCAGUAAAACUGAAGACGAUUGCACCGUGGCUCUGCACGACUGCAAUGGAGACGUCAGCAAAGCCACCGACAUCCUCCUGGAGGGAGCACAGGACACGAGCGUGUGGAAGACGGUGAGCAAGAAGGCCCGCAGCACCACCACCACCUCCACCACCGCCGCCACCGCCGCCGCCUCCUCCUCGUCCACCUCCUCGUCCGGCGCCGCCCACCUGGGCGGAGCCGACAAGGACUGUGGCUCCACCUCGUCCACGGGUGGAGGUGGAGCGGCCUCCGGGGCUUCGUCCUGCCAGGCCGGGCUCGCCGGGGCUUCGGCCUCGUCCGGCGUGGGUGCGGCCGGCGGCGGCGGCGGCGGGGGGGGCGGGGGCCCGGGAGGCCCCCGUGGAGGAGGGCGGGGAGGAGGGUACAUGGGGCCCAGGAUUGGCCGGGUGCAGGAGAAUGGAGUGGACGCCUCCGGGAGGGGAGGGGCCGAUAGGGGGAGGCGGGGGAGGGGACGUGGCUUUGUCGGCACGCGUGGCAGAGGGCGAGGGCGUUACGUGAUGCCUAGCGGCAGUGUCCCAAUGGACGUGGACGGGAGCCACGUGGAUUCUGCGAAGGUUGCAGACGAGUGGGGGGCCAGCCCCCCACUCGGGGACACGCCAGCCCCGGACAACGGUUCGUGGCGUGCAGUCGAAGACUGGGGUGUAGAUGACUGGAAUGAUGAUAUCAUAGAGACGAAGGUCUUCACCGCGUCCAGCGCUGGAUCCGUGACUCUGCCCAGCGCACAGCUCCUGCCUGGACAAUCCAUUGACAUCGCCGCGCUCCUGAGGAAGCCGGCGCCGUCGGCGGGGCUCGUCACGGCCCCCCCCGGGGGGGCACCGCGGGGACCCUCCGGCGUCGUGGGGGGGGGGCUCCUCCCCCCCCACGAAGGGGCGGUGGAGGGGGGGGCGGCCCCCCCCACUCCACCCCCCGUUCCUGCCGCCCAGCGGCGCCCCGGCCCCGCCCACGCUGGCCCACUCGCUCGUCUUCAGCAACUCGCUGCAGGCGGAGGGGGCGCGGGGCGGACCCCCGCCGGCAUGCUACGGGAAGGGGGUGGCCCCCUCGCCCGUGUCGACGACGGCGGCUCUGCUGGAGUCCCAGGCCAAGUCGACAAGCGCCUCCCUCUUCCUGGAGCAGCUCAUGGCCCAGAGCUCGCAGCAGCAGCAGCACAAGCAGCAGCAGCAGGGCAAUGGGACCCGCAGUCUGAGUUCUACCCCCUGGGCUGGAUCCAUUGGUUUGGCUCCCGUCUCUUCCUCAGCAGUCACUUCGUUUGGUGUUCGCUUAACAACACUCCCUCUGCUGGUGCCGUCACCGCGAGCGGCAUGGUGCCGGCGUCCGGCACCAGCUGCAAGGAGUUGGAGUCUCACCUGAUGAUGGGCGGGAUGGGUGGGAUGGCCGGUGGCGGCGGUGGCGGGGUUGGCGGUGGUGGAGUUGGUGGUGGUGGAGCCGGGGUGCGCAUGAAGACACAGAGGAGGAGGAUGCCGGUGCAGAGUAAGAUCCCGUCUCUGGCAGUGGAGAUGCCCGGUGCCGUGGACGCCUCCUCCCUGCUCAGCCUCCAGUUCGGUGCCCUGGAGUUUGGGUCGGAGCCCUCGCCGCUCGCCUCUUCGCCCUCGGCGGUCUCGUCAGCAGCUGCUGCUGCUGCUGCUGCUGCGUCGUCGUCGUCGGCGGCGACCGUCGCCACGGCGACCGUCUCCGGGGCAGCUCCCCAGCAGCCUCCGGUUGCCGCGACGAUGGCCGGAGGGGGCGGCUGCGGCGUCGCCGUGGAGACGGGGCACAGGGCGGGGGAGGGGCCCGGCGGGGUGGCGUACGGGGGAGGGGUGCACGGGUACGGAGCGGCGGCGGCGUCAUGA